ACACGUACAAAUCUCUCCUUUUUUUUUCCUCUUCGAAGGUUUCCCAAAGACAAUAAUGCGAGGAAGAAGUGGGAAGUGUCUUUAAGGAGAGAGGGAUUCACUGCGAGUGAUACAUCUGUGCUGUGCAGCGAGCAUUUUCAGCAGGAUGAUUUCGACAGGACGGGUCAGAUUGUCCGCCUGAAAGAUGGUGUUUUUCCAUCGAUAUUCAGGUUUCCAGAUCACCUCCAAGAACCAAAAAAGUGCAGGACUUCAGUGAUCGUCAAAACAGCUGACGUUACUCCGCCUGUGGCUUCUCAGGAGGCCCCAGAAACGUGUACCUCACACCCAAAACCUCAGCCUAAUGAUGAUCAUUGCUAUGCUUUGCCUUCCUCUCUUACUGCCGUUACGGCUAAGCUGAAGGAGGCUUUGGCGAGGGUGGAAAGUCUGGAGCGGGAGAGGAAAAACGCCAUGGCCAGGGAAAAGAGGGCAAGGACCAUAGUUCAGUGUCUUUUUGGGGAGUUGAAUGAAAAGAAACUCCUUAAUAAAGGGCUUAAGGAAAAGCUUGAAUUCUACUCAGAUCUUCAACUGGACUUCAUGAUGCAGGGCAAUGAGUACACAAAGGAGCACAAAGAAUUCGCCCUAACGCUCUAUGUGCACGGACCAAAGGCGUACAAAUACCUCAGGAAGACAGGAAAAUUUCCCCUCCCACACCCACAUACUUUACAAAGGUGGCGAUGUUCAAUGGAGGCUAAAUCUGAGCAGGUACCAGACUCUGCGAAGUCCACGAAACGUCGAGAGGACAAGCAGAUAAAAAGAUGACAUCCUGUCUGGUGUGAAGAUGUCCUCUGCUGAAGAGCAGAUGUAGGAGGAUUUCAUCAGAGAUGUUUUACUAUCUUCGUUUUAACACAGCUACCAGCUUAUUACACUGAAAAACAAUGGUGGCCUAGUGAUCCCAUCGCAAGGUGCAGAAAGCGACACAGAGAGCAAUUGGAAGAGCAUCAAGAGUGACCUCCAAAGGAGUCCACCCCUCAUCAGUGAAGACGUUCAAACAGAAUGCUGUUCUGCUUAGGAAAUGCAUUAAGGAGACACAAUUUGAUAACCUUCAUUCUGACUUAUUGCCAUUUUGUCUGUCUAAAAAACAGACAUGAAUGGCAGUACAAGGAAAACAUCUCUGCAAACCUAUCCUGUUCCAGGGGGCAGGACAGGUUUGCAGGGUUUGGGCUCAAUGUAAAACCUUUAUGAGACACUGUACACAUGCAUAUUUGGUUUGGGGUCAGGGCAGAUAACUGGAUGUAGCCUUUACUCUGGUCUUGCUCAGCCACAAAACAUGACUGGGCCAGACUGCAACUAGCAAUCAGGUCUGCAGAGACGAUUAUCAGGCCUUUCUUACCUCUGACCAAUAAGUAGACAUGUUUAUGGUUAGAAGACAGACUGCAAACAUCUUUGCAGACCCAACAUUGUAACCUUUGGGUAGUAAAUAGACUAGAUGCACAAUAUUAACGGUAAGUAUUAGUUCACCUGCGUUGCUUUACAAUAUGAUCUUAAAUGACAUCUCAUUCUUAAUCUACAGGGUUGAGUGUUGGGUUGUUACGCCCUUUGCCGUCAUAACAUCUCUAGAAAGGCUGUCCACAUGAUUUAGGAGCAUGUUUAUAGCUUUAAUUGCUGAAUUAAAUGUUUUUGAAUUACAA